AUGAACCACGCAGGCAUGGAUCACGGCGAUAUGGGCCACGGCGACCACGGCGGCAUGGAAGAUAUGUGCAGCAUGAGCAUGCUCUUCACAUGGGACACCACCAACCUGUGCAUCGUCUUCCGCCAGUGGCACAUUCGCUCAACGCCUGGCCUCAUCUUCUCCCUAGUCGCUGUCGUCCUUCUCGCCAUGGGCUAUGAAGCGCUGCGUGCCCUGUCGCGGCGGUUCGAAGCAAGUGUCGACAGACGCAUGUCCGCCCUGCCUCGCGAUGAACAAGAUGCUGAGAUCACACCCUUACUCGCGCCAGGAUCCAGCCAUCCGAAUAUUGGCAAGCAAGGGCACCUCAUCAAGGCUGUCUUCUACGGUGUCCAGACUUUCUACGCAUUCAUGCUCAUGCUCAUUUUCAUGACAUACAAUGGCUGGGUAAUGCUUGCUGUGUCGCUGGGUGCCUUUCUGGGCUAUCUGUUCUUUGGUCACUGUACAUCUGCCACCAAGGACAACGCAUGCCACUAG